AUGUAUGUCUUCAAGCGUGAUGGCCGCAAGGAGCGGGUGCAAUUCGACAAGAUCACAGCCCGUGUGUCGAGGUUAUGUUAUGGCCUCGAUCCAGACCAUGUCGACCCGGCUGCAAUCACCAUGAAGGUCAUCUCUGGUGUCUACCAGGGCGUGACAACCAUUCAGCUCGACGACUUGGCCGCCGAGACUGCGGCAUACAUGACCACCACCCACCCAGACUACGCCAUUCUCGCCGCCCGCGUUGCAGUCUCCAACUUGCACAAACAGACGAAGAAGCAGUGGUCCGCUGUGGUCGAGGACCUGUACAGAUAUGUCAAUCCCAAGACGAGAAAGCCAGCACCGAUGAUCUCGGAGCAGACAUACAAGACAGUCAUGGAACACGCCGAUGAACUUAACAGCGCCAUCGUCUACGACCGUGACUUCAACUACCAAUACUUCGGCUUCAAGACGCUGGAGCGCUCAUAUCUCCUCCGCAUCGAUGGCAAGGUCGCCGAGAGACCGCAGCACAUGAUAAUGCGUGUCGCUGUCGGAAUCCACGGCGAUGAUAUCGAGGCUGCUUUGGAGACAUACAACCUCAUGUCCAACAAGUACUUCACACAUGCCUCGCCCACACUGUUCAUGGCUGGCACACCAUCCGCACAGCUCGCAUCAUGCUUCUUGGUAGCUAUGAAGGAUGAUAGCAUUGAUGGCAUCUACGACACCCUCAAGACCUGUGCUAUGAUCUCAAAGAACGCGGGCGGCAUCGGACUCAAUGUCCACAACAUUCGUGCUACUGGCUCCUACAUUGGCGGCACGAACGGCACAUCAAAUGGUCUUGUUCCCAUGCUCCGUGUCUAUAACAAUACGGCACGAUACGUCGAUCAAGGUGGCAACAAGCGCCCAGGUGCUUUCGCCAUCUAUCUUGAGCCAUGGCACGCGGAUGUCUUCUCCUUCCUUGAUCUGCGCAAGAACCACGGCAAGGAGGAAGUGCGUGCCCGUGAUCUCUUCUACGCUCUUUGGAUCCCAGAUCUGUUCAUGAAGCGAGUCGAGCAGAACAGCACCUGGACGCUCAUGUGUCCGAACGAGUGCCCUGGCCUCGGAGAUGUCUAUGGUGAUGAGUUCGAGGCACUUUACGAGAAGUACGAGGCUGAAGGCCGCGGUCGCGACACCAUCCGUGCACAAAAGCUGUGGUAUGCUAUCCUUGAGGCUCAGACCGAGACUGGCAAUCCUUUCAUGUGCUACAAGGAUGCUGCGAACCGCAAGAGCAAUCAGAAGAAUCUUGGUACCAUCCGCAGCUCCAAUCUCUGCACGGAGAUCAUGGAAUACUCUGCUCCAGAUGAGGUCGCCGUGUGCAAUCUUGCCUCACUGGCUUUGCCGACAUAUGUUGACAUCGCCAAUGAGAAAUACGACUUCGCGAAGCUUCACGAGGUGGUCAAGGUCGUCACCAAGAACUUGAACAAGAUCAUCAACCUUAACCACUACCCAGUGGUCGAGGCACGCAAUAGCAACUUCCGACACAGGCCUAUCGGUCUUGGCGUCAACGGUCUUGCUGAUGCCUUCUUGGCUCUGCGCAUGCCUUUCGACUCUCCUAAGGCUCGUCAACUCAACAUUCAGAUCUUCGAGACUAUCUACCAUGCUGCGCUUGAGUCCUCGUGCGAGCUCGCUGCUGAGCUUGGUCCUUACGAGACAUAUCAAGGCUCUCCUGUCUCGCAAGGCGAGCUUCAGUACGACAUGUGGGGCGUGACACCUACAGACCUCUGGGACUGGGAGUCACUCAAAGCCAAGAUCGCACAGCACGGUGUACGCAACUCGCUUCUUGUUGCGCCCAUGCCAACCGCGUCGACCUCGCAGAUCAUGGGCUUCAACGAGUGCUUCGAGCCAUACACGAGCAACAUCUACUCUCGUCGUGUACUUGCUGGCGAGUUUCAGGUUGUCAACCCAUGGUUGCUCAAGGACUUGGUCGACCGUGGUCUCUGGUCCGACAACAUGAAGAACCGCAUCAUCGCCGACAGCGGUUCCAUCCAGCGAAUUCCGAACAUUCCAGAUGACCUCAAGGCUCUCUACAAAACCGUCUGGGAGAUCAGCCAGCGUCACAUUGUGCAGAUGGCUGCGGAUCGCGGUGCCUUCAUCGAUCAGUCUCAGUCGCUGAACAUCCAUAUGAAGGAGCCUACCAUGGGCAAGAUUACUAGCAUGCACUUCACUGGCUGGAAGCUAGGUUUGAAGACCGGCAUGUACUAUCUCCGUACCAUGGCGGCUUCUGCACCCAUCCAGUUCACUGUCGACCAGGAGAAGCUGAAGGUUGUUGACACGAACGUAGCGAAAGCUCUCGGCGCUAAGAAGCGGAACGUUUCUGGUGCAUAUCAGGCUGUUGCGUCUCCUCAACCACAAGGCACGCCUGUGCCACGCCCAAUGUUCGAGGCCAAGUCCAUCGGUAACGGCAUACCCAAGGAUGUCGUUACGCCAGCUACUACUCCUCCCCCACAGCCAGAACGCCAGGCACGGAAGCUUGAGCGCUCAUCAUCUGCGGUCGUCAACCCACCCUUCCAGGCAGAUAUCGACGAAGGCGAAUCGCCCGAAGUCUUGGCUCUGGAUGGCACAAACGGCGCCACACCCAAGGGCGAGGACCUACCUGCGCCUGCACUUCCUGAAGAGGAAGAUGUAGAGAAGAAGGCCAAGCAGGCUGAGGACGACAAGGAUGCUAGUGAAGGUCGCGAGGGCGAUAUCUAUGCUGAGGCCGUGCUGGCCUGCAGUAUUGAGAACCCUGAGUCUUGUGUUAUGUGUAGUGGUUGA